AGAGGAGCGAGUUCGAGAGGAGAUAGCGUCCCUUUCAGGCUUUUAGACUUUUAGUUUCUACAUUCACUGUGCCUGUCUGUGCAUUCUCGUCAGAGUUAACGUCUCACGCCAGUCACACGUUAUUUGGCUCUUCAAUUUCGUGGCAUGGCCAUUCGAAUUUUUUGAAUAAGUGGCUGAAGCGUCAAGCGAGGUUUCCAUGCAAACAUGGUGGGUCUCCGGGCUCAACUCUCAUCUUCUCAUCUCUCGGCCUCGUAUGAGAGUCUCUCGCCAAUGACCGUGCAUGUUUUAACAUUCGCAGUAAUGGUUUUGUAGUACCAAUAGUGACUUUAAAGGAGGAGAUGGAAGAAUUCGAACACCCAGAUGUUGAUGUCCCUGCGAAUAUAUCGUUGGCUCAUCAAUCGUUGUUCAAAGCAGAGAAGAUGACUGAACCACUUAAACCACCAGCGAGUGCUGCUGCUUAUUACUUUAUGACGCAUCAUUCCGAAUUGGACAAUCUUACUCCUGCUGAAAUUGAUGUUCUUUGGGGAAAGGUGCCAAAGAAACAAAAGAAGAAGUGCAUUGAAGAACACAAAAAGAAGCGUAAAGACUAUGUUGUUUAUGAAAUUGAAAAAUUCGUCAGGGCAUUAAGUCCAGCCGAACUUAAAUAUUUUCACACAAUUACAAAGAAUCGUGCUCGGGAUCAGGAGGAUGAAGUUAAAGAAAGUUCUGACGAAGAAUCGAGUAGUUCAAAUGAAGAGCAAACGAGUGGUGCCUGCUGGGACGAUGAGGAAUCCGAAGAAGAAUUGAGUAAUUCAAAUGAAGGUCAAACAAGUGUCGCCUGCUGGGACGAUGAGGCAUCCGAAACUUCAAAGAAAACUGUCAAGCGUGAGGAAGAUGUAGAUAGUGAUGAGGAUUUAGAAAUCCCCCCCAAGACCACUUUUCAAAAGCCAAAUUCUUCACUUGAAAUGUAUUGCAAUUCCUAUAUGGAUAAGUACUCUAAACAUCCCAAGCUGACCAAACAAGACCUGAAAUCUACUUUGGCUACUAAUCAAUCGUUGUUCAAAGCAGAGAAGAUGACUGAACCACUUCAAAUACCAUCGAGUGCUACUGCUUAUUACGUUAUGACGCAUCAUUCCAAAUUGGACAAUCUUACUCCUGCUGAAAUUGAUGUUCUUUGGGGAAAGGUGUCAGAUAAACAGAAGAAGACGUGCAUUGAAGAACACAAAAAGAAGCGUAAAGACUAUGUUUAUGAAUUUGAAAAAUUCCUCAGGGCAUUAAGUCCAGCCGAACUUAGAUCUUAUCACACAAUUACGAAGAAUCUUUCUCGGGAUCAGGAGGAUGACGUUAAAGAAAGUUCUGACGAUGAAUUUGAAUCGAUUAGUACAGAUGAAGAUCAAACAAGUGUCGCCUGCUCUGACCACGAUGGUCAAAAUAUCCUCGGACAAGACUAAACCGGCUGAAAAUGUACCUCUGAAACUGUUUCAUUGAAGUGUAAAAUGUUUCACCAACUUACAAACUUCGUGAAGUGCCUAUCAAUACUAAGUUAGUGGUCGU